AUGUCUCCUCCUCUGUCUCCACACGCGCCCAACCCCGCACCAGUGAAGCGCUCCGGAUCAACACGUCGGUUUUUCUCCCUCAGCCAGACCAUCUCCCGUUCAGCCUCCACAGCUUCACGCCGCGCAGUUUCCUCGCCUGACGAUCCACGUGACUCCACUGGCUACUUCUCACCGGUAGCACUUCCGGUAGCUGCGACGUUGAACUAUGCGACACUGCCAGACCACCAACUCAACACCGUGCGGUGUGGUACCCCGAUGAAGCGCACACAGAUCAGUCGCGAGAUGAACGUGUGCAAAGAGUGCAAGCGGUGGAUCGGCGACAUGCGGUCGAUGAUUGAACGGUUCGACAAGACCGGCAGCAUUAGAGGAACAGCGGCUUUUGAGGCGUUUAUGAGGUGGCAGGGGGCAGGGGGCGGGGAGAGCGAGGGCGAUCUGACGGUUCCGCUGGACGAUAGUGUCGACGGGGUAGCGUUGGGUGCACGCGAAGCCAUCAUCUUGGGGCAUCCCGGGGCGCAAUAUUGA